UUUAUAGUAUCUCUGAGCCCUCCAAAUUUCAUUGAAAUUUGAGAUGGUCAAGCAUAAAUUUGUCAGAUAUUUGUUGAUUUGGCAUGGAAUGACCCAGCCGUAUCACUGCUCACAGUGUGGAAAGAGUUUUACUCAGCAGAGUAAUCUCCAGACACACCAGCGCAUUCACACAGGAGAGAAGCCGUAUCACUGCUCACAGUGUGGAAAGAUGUUUGCUUGUUUAGUUACAUUGAAGACCUUCAAGUGCACUAACUCAGAGACAUUGCAUGAUUUAAAGUUGUCAAAUUAAAUAUGGUUAUUUAAGUUUUGACUGAAAAUGACCUGUACUUUGAACUUUAUUUUUCAUGUUACACUGGUCAACAAUUUUUCAGAAGUUGUCUGCUUCAGAGAUGAAAUUGGCUAUUAUGAAAUUUGGUGUGUUGAAUUAGAAGUGACAGCUAAUCAGCUGAUUGGCUGUGGCUUCCAAGAUAUUUAAGAUUUUAAAUGUUAUACUUAUGUACAUUGUGUAGAUCGUAAUGUUUUAAAUAUAAAUUGUAAAACUAGGUCUCUUCAUGUGUUUAUGGUCGGUUUACAUGAUAUUUCACCUGUUCUCUUUAUGUAACACUAGAAAAUCAGCAAAAAGUUUAUAUAAAUAAAAUGUAUUAUGAACCAAA